GAGGUCAAAGAGAGACAAAAGAACACUGUCCCACGUUGUUGCUUUCUCUCUUCUGGAGUUCGAAGCUCAAACUUUGUUUCGAUAUCUAAUUCCGUCACCGGUAAACCGCUUUUCUUCGCCGUAAUCCACUCGACUCCUUCGUCUUCAGCGGUCACUCGGCGAUCGCUUCAGAAUGAGCACAGGCGAGCUUCUCAGUAUCGAACCCCAAGAGCUACAGUUCUCUUUUGAAUUGAGGAAGCAGAUCGGUUGCUCUUUGCAACUCCUAAAUAAGACCGAUAAUUAUGUGGCUUUCAAGGUUAAGACCACAAAUCCGAAAAAGUAUUGUGUUAGACCCAAUACUGGAGUUGUUUUGCCAAGGUCUACAUGCAGUGUUAUGGUAACAAUGCAAGCACAGAAGGAAGCGCCCCUAGAUAUGCAAUGCAAGGACAAGUUCUUGCUUCAGAGUGUUGUAGCUAACGCAGGGGCUUCUGCGAAAGAUGUUACUCCAGAGAUGUUCAACAAGGAAUCUGGGCAUCAUGUAGAAGAGUGUAAAUUGAGAGUUGUCUAUGUGGCUCCCCCUCGGCCGCCUUCCCCCGUAAGGGAAGGAUCAGAGGAAGGUUCUUCCCCACGGGCAUCAAUAUCAGACAAUGGGCACCCUAAUUCUUCUGAACUAAGUAUUACCGCUUCAAGAGGUUCUGUUGAUCGGCAUGGGCGAGUUGAGGCUCAUGAUGUGUCGUCGUCAGAGGCUAGGGCUGUUAUUACAAAGUUGACCGAGGAGAAAAACUCUGUACUUCAGCAAAAUAGCAAGCUUCAGCAAGAACUGGAGCUUUUUAAGCGGGACGCCAGCAGAAGUCGCGGUGGCCUCCCCCUUGUGUAUGUUAUUAUCAUUGGCUUGCUUGGCAUUCUUUUGGGGUACCUUUUCAAGAGGACAUGACCCUUGGAGUUGCUUCACAUAUCGUAGGGUUGGUGAUUCCCUCUAUGGGAAAAUGAUGUGUAAAAAACCAGAAGAAAACGAAUGUGUGAUUGGUUAGCAGGGAACUGUUUCAGUAUCUCAUUAGACAGCAUCUGAAUGUGUGACCCCUUUCUUGGCUUAUUUUAUAACUAUUAGCAGGCAUAUUGACUUUCGAACUAUUUGCUUAAAAUGGUAUUUUAAUAUUGCUUAGCAAAACUUAAGUAGCUCAAGUGCUUAGCGCCACAUUCUUGAACAUUUUCGAAUGCAAUUAAGGUCAUUUUUGUGCGUGGA